CUCCCGCGGGCGCGGCGGCUGCCGGGCGGUGUCGUGCGGCCCCCCGCGCCCGUGCGGGGACUAUGAAGCACCAUGGUGUGGUGUGACCGUGGCGUCCAGAUGCUGCUGACCACGGUGGGCGCCUUCGCAGCCUUCAGCCUCAUGGCCAUCGCCAUCGGCACCGACUACUGGCUCUACUCCAGCGCCCACAUCUGCAACGGCACCAACAUCACGACGGACGAGGCGCAGGGGCCGCCGCGGCGGGCGCGGGGCGAUCUCACGCACUCGGGGCUCUGGAGGAUCUGCUGCCUCGAAGGAAUCUACAAAGGACAUUGCUUCCGGAUCAACCACUUCCCUGAGGACAAUGACUACGACCACGACAGCUCAGAGUACCUUCUCCGCAUCGUCCGUGCCUCCAGCGUGUUCCCCAUCCUAAGCACAAUUUUGCUGUUGCUGGGAGGACUCUGUGUCGGAGCAGGAAGGAUUUACAACAGCAAAAACAACAUUAUUCUCAGCGCUGGGAUUCUCUUUGUUGCAGCAGGUCUCAGUAAUAUCAUAGGGAUCAUUGUCUACAUAUCGAGCAAUGCAGGUGACCCAAGUGACAAGCGAGAUGAGGACAAAAAGAACCAUUACAACUAUGGCUGGUCUUUUUAUUUUGGAGCCUUGUCUUUUAUUGUGGCCGAAACUAUAGGUGUUCUGGCUGUGAACAUUUAUAUUGAGAAGAACAAGGAGCUGAGGUUUAAGACCAAGAGGGAAUUCCUUAAGACUUCUUCCAGUUCUCCUUAUGCCAGGAUGCCAAGCUAUAGGUACAGGAGGCGGAGGUCCAGAUCCAGCUCCCGCUCCACGGAGCCUUCUCCAUCCAGGGACAUUUCUCCAGUUGGCAUGAAGAUAGCAGGCACCAUCCCCAUGAACGAAAUCUCCAUGUACACCCUUUCCAGGGAGCCUUUGAAGGUGACCACGGCUGCCAGCUACAACGCAGACCAAGAAGCCAGUUUCCUGCAGGUCCACAACUUCCUCCAGAAGGAGUUUAAGGAAGGACUCCACGUCAACAUGGUCAACAGGAGAACGACGCCGGUGUGAAGCACCUUCCUUCCUCGUGCUUUUUGAAGAGAUACCCAAGCAGAAUGGAUCUGUCAGGAGCGAUGUUAAAAUACCCUCUCACCUCUUUAAUUGUGGCAUGUGUUGAGGUAGCAAGUGGAGGUCCUCUGGACCAACAUAAAGAUAUUUACACGCUCGUAGCUUUUUUUGAAGCUAUUUGGAGUUUGUUUAUUUCCGUUCUUGGUGUCACAAGAUGAAGGCAGUUCAUGUUCCUGCACUUUUGUAGUGUCUACACAGUCUUGGAGAAACUGCAAAGGACUGGCCACCAGUGUGUUUUAAAGGAUUACAGAAAAUUUGUUGUACUUUUUUUUUUUUUCUAAUAUUGAGAUCCCUUAAUACAAACUUGCAAAUAUAAUUUAUAACCAAGCCCAAGGAUGAAAAUGAGCUACUCAUCAAGUGAGCCACUUUCCUUCAACACGGCGUAAGCUUUGCCUCUUUCAAAAUAAAAAAAAGAAAAAGAGAAAAAAAAAAAAAAGAAAAUAUUUUUGAAGGCAACACUUUCUAAAACUGACCUGUGCCACUGAAACCGUAGAGCACCCACGUACUGAGCAUUACAGACUCUCUGAUGGGGGUGGGAAGGGGGUCUCCCAUUCCUGGGGUAAGGCAUCCCUUGGGGCAACACAGGCCGAGGAGCAGAGGGUGGGUGCGUCUUGAAACACCUGGAAAGGGAAACAGAUUAAAGCAGGUGGGACUUGAGCCUAUUUGCAAGCAUCAUUUCUUGCCUAACGUUUAGAAAACUUGAAUUCUCAUUUUGACGAGCCCUAGUGCCUGAUCCGGCAAGGUGCUGAGUGCUGGCUGUCAGGAGCCCCUGGAGAUUUGCCCGAGCGCGGCGGGAGCAGAGCCGCCGCCGAUUCCCCGAUUCCCUUACGCUUCACAAGUGCAACACUAACGCUACUGGAAACAGAGAUCUCUGAGAAACCGGGAGAGAAAUGGAAACAGAGAUCUCUGAGCAACCAGGAGAGAA